AUGCCGUUCGGUCUGCUGGAAGUCCUCGAGGUUGAUGAACUGUUGGGAGAUGCAGAACCACCAUGGGUCCGUCAGGAGGCUCUGACGUGGAAACCAGAGUCAGUUUUGAGAAAGUCCGGACAAAUUUUGAAAACAGGUAUGGGUCAGGCGACAUCCACACCCCUGGACCUAGUCCUCAGUCACAUGUCUGAGGUUAAGGAGAGGGCUCAUAGCCUAGGGGUAGAAGUCAGGAAAUCUAAACUAAAAACCUUUUGCAUUUCAGAAUGGCCUACCUUCGAAGUAGAGUGGCCCUGGGAGGGAACUUUCCAUGUGGUUCAGAGAGUACGAGAUGUUAUUCUCAACCCUGGUCCAAGUGGGCAUCUGGACCAGGUUCCUCCAAAAGUAUUGGUGGCAGAGGCUAAGCAGCUGAGUUCCAAGAAGCCAAUGGUGCUUUCAGACUCCGUCCCUUGUUCUGAUCUCAUUGAUCUCCUAGGGCCAGAACUUCCCCCACCUUAUUCCACAGGUACCAGAGGACAGAACAACCACCCUCUCUGUCGACAGCCAACAGCUCCUCCGCCUCCAGCCAAGGGAGAUCCGCGAGCCUCAGGACCUGCAUUUGGCCUCAGGCCCCAGCAGGGGCAGAGGGAGCCCACUUUGUCAGAACCCACUUUAGUCCCUAAGGCACUCCCGCUGCGAGCAGUGGGUUCCCCAGAUGAGGAAGGGAACCAAACACUCUAUUAUUGGCCAUUCUCUACCUCUGACUUGUAUAAUUGGAAAACUCAGAACCCCCCCCCCCCCUUCUCUGAAGAACCUAAGGCAUUGAUUAACUUGUUAGAUUCUGUUAUCUAUACACAUCAGCCUACCUGGGACGACUGCCAGCAGCUCUUACAGGUCUUGUUUACCACAGAAGAGAGAGAAAGGAUCCAGAAUGAGGCUCGAAAAGCCAUCCCUGGGCCCGAUGGGAGGCCCACCCAAAAUCUGGACCUAAUCGCAGUGGCUUUCCCAUUGACCCGACCCUCCUGGGAUUUCAAUUCGGCAGAAGGUAGGGAGUGUCUCUGUGUCUACUGCCAGACUCUAAUGGCUGGGCUCCGAGCAGUGGCUAGGAAGCCGACCAACCUAGCCAAAGUGGGGGACGUGAGACAGGGACCCCAAGAAAGCCCUGCAGCAUUUCUAGAAAGAAUCAUAGAGGCUUUUAGGCAGUUCACUCCCAUGGACCCUGAAGUGGAGGAAAGCAAGGUGGCUGUGAUAAUGGCGUUUGUCAAUCAGUCGGCUUUAGACAUCAGAAAAAAAUUGCAGAAGGUAGAUCGACUAGGGGAAAAAUCCUUGAGGGACUUGGUAGAAGUGGCAGAGAAAGUUUAUAAUAACAGAGAAACCCCUGAGGAGAAGGAGGAGCGACUGAGGGCUGAAGACAGGAAGUAUCAAGCUGCUGAAGGGAAGAAGCAGAGUAGGGAAUUGACAAAAAUCCUGUAUGCUGUCACUCAAGGAGACAGACAUGUAAGAGAAAAAGAUAGGGGGGCCAGGACAGAAAAAAAGAAAGAAGAGAAACAAGGGAGAGAGAGAAAAAGGUUAGAAAAAGACCAGUGUGCUUACUGCAAAGAGAAGGGACAUUGGGCAAAAGAGUGCCCAAAGAAGACCAUGACAAACAAACCUAAGCAGGUCCUGCUGGCAGAGGAAGAUAGUGACUAGCGAUGUCUCGGUUCGGAGCCCCUCCCUGAACCGCGGAUUACCCUAGAAGUGGAGGGGCAGCCUGUAAACUUCCUGGUGGACACCGGGGCCCAACACUCAGUCCUCACCCAGCCGCUAGGACAAUUAGACAAUAAACAGAGCUGGGUGCAGGGAGCCACAGGGAAGAAGAUCUAUAACUGGACUACUAAAAGCAGGGUUAACCUAAGCACAGGCCAGGUCACACAUUCUUUUAUGGUCAUUCCGGAAUGUCCAGUACCAUUACUAGGAUGAGACCUCCUGAACAAAGUCGGGGCUAGGAUACAUUUUGAAAGGGAAAGGAUUAAAGUAACUGACCGCCAAAAUCAGCCCCUACAAGUCUUGACCAUGUCAUUGGUGGAUGAAUACUGCCUCUAUGAUACAGCAAAGGCUGGGGAGACCUUAUCAGGAUGGUGGCUGCAAGCUUAUCCUCAGGCAUGGGCAGAAACAGGGGGUCCCGGUUUGGCAGUGAAACAGGCACCCCUGUUCAUAGAACUUAAACCUGGGGCUGAACUGGUCCACAUUAAACAAUACCCAAUGACAUGGGAAGCAAGGAAGGGAAUCAACCCCCACAUACAAUGCCUUUUAGAUCAGGGAAUCUUGAGGCAAUGCAGAUCACCAUGGAACACUCCCCUUUUGCCUGUAAAGAAAUCUGGAACUGGAGAGUAUCAGCCAGUACAGGACCUAAGGGAGGCUCUAAAGAUUACCACUCCACAUGCUAUUGAAGGGGUAUUUAAACAACCCCCAGGAAAGUGGAUGAGCAAUGCCAGACUAACCCACUUUCAAGGCCUCCUCCUAGACUCCCCAAGAAUACAAUUCAUAGCCCCAUCCACUUUAAACCCAGCUACCCUCCUCCCAGAAGCAGAUUUAGAAAAGCAGCAUGACUGCAUGGAGCUGUUAGCAGCAGCACAGUUGAUCCGAGUGGAUCUGAAGGACCAGAAACUGCCUGAUAGUGACUUUGUUUGGUACAUCGAUGGGAGCAGUUAUGUAGAGAAAGGAAUUCAGUAUGCCAGGGCAGCCAUGGUGGUUGGGAAGGGACAGAUAAUUUGGAGUCAGGCCCUGCCACCCGGGACCUCAGCCCUGAAAGCUGAGCUGAUUGUGCUAACUGAGGCCCUUAAGAAAGCAGAGGGAAAGAAGCUCACUGUGUACACAGACAGCAGGUAUGCAUUUGCUACUGCCCAUGUCCACGGGGCUAUCUACUUGGAAAGAGGCCUAGUCACAGCAGAAGGCAGAGAAAUCAAAAAUAAAAAGGAGAUAUUAGAUCUCCUAGAAGCAGUGAUGUUGCCCUCCAAAUUGGCUAUCAUCCAUUGCCCAGGACAUCAAAAGGGGGAGGACCCCGUGGCUAAGGGAAAUCAGGCGGCUGACCGAGUGGCUAGAGAAGCAGCUAAAAGAAAGAGUGUACUAGUCCUCCAAGGGCCAGGGACUAGGGAGCUACCACCCCAACCAGAAUAUGACGAAGAAGACCGACAGUGGAUUCAGACUCAGGGAGAAACUGAAGAAAUUAACUCUUGGACCUACAGCAAAGAGCCAUGGAGCAUAUUGCUUCCCAAAAUGUUGGGUCAGCACCUUUUACAAAGGCUACACAGCAGCACCCACUUGGGAGUAAAGAAGAUGACUCAGCUUUUGCAGAAUGCAGACCUUAGAGAUAGCUGUGAGGAAGCUGAAAAGAUAGUCUGGACCUGCAGGGCCUGCCAAACAAUGCAGCAAAGCAGUGCUCGGAAGAUUAAAGGGACCAGAGUCAGAGGUGAUAGACCGGGGAUGAUGUGGGAAGUAGACUUCACCGAGGUUGAUGGACUAACUCCCUGGGUUCACUACAGCCACGCUAAAAGGGCCAGUCCGGAGCACGUUCCUGGCUGGACGGUGGAGCGGGAUCCUGAGAAACCAUUAUGUGUCUGCCUAAAGAAGACACCAUGA